AAUCAGCAUGUUAAUGCAAAACACAUCAACACUGACAAUAUUAAUGGUCUUUUUUACAGUCAAGAAGUCAUCAUGGGUAAAGCAGGUUCAAAACAAACACUAGUAAGGGAAGAUGAAGAUGUCAAGGCAAAUCAUAGAAGCAUCACAUUUGACAUUGCCAUCACAGGGAUGACUGGCGCUGGCAAAUCAUCGCUUGUCAAUGCGCUGCGGGGUAUGAGGACAGAUGAGGAAGCUGGUGCAGCUGUGACCGAUGUGAUCCAAUGUACGAUGGAGCCGAUGGCAUAUGUGCACCCUGUACAUCCAGAAAUAACAAUGUGGGAUCUACCAGGAAUUGGAACGUCUGAAUUUGAAGCAAAGAAAUAUGUAAAGGAUAUGCAUUUUUAUAAGUAUGAUUUCUUCAUCAUUGUUUCUGAAGAUCGUUUCACUGAGGAGGACAUCCUGCUCGUCCGUGAAAUCCAGAAAAUAAAAAAGAAGUUCUUUUAUGUACGCACCAAAGUAGAUGUCAGCAUGAAUUCUGAAAGAAAGAACCCCGAUUUCAAUGCAGACAAAGUCCUGGAGAAGAUAAGGAAAUACUGCUGUGAAAAUCUGACCAAGGAAGGAGAGACUUCUCCAAGGGUUUUCCUAAUAUCAAGAUGGGAUCUGAGCAUGUAUGACUUCCCACUUCUUCAAAAGGCCCUGUGGAAAGAAUGGAAUGAUUUCAAGAGAUGUGCCUCAAAGUUGCCCCUUGAGCUAAAAGGGAAGAGAUAUGACAGGACAAAUAAACCCUUGAGAGGACCUUUCCUGGGAAGUGCCAUUUCAAGAACAGUCUUAAAAAUUGAACUCGACACAUUGAGACUUGCUUUGGAAAAAGAUGAUCUCCCAGAUGUCAUCGCUAAUAUCCAGCAGGAACUGGCUUUACUGAAAAAUGCCACACUCGACAUAGCCAUCACUGGGCGUUCAGGAGCUGGCAAGUCAUCUCUCACCAAUGCUCUGAGGGCUAUGACCGAUUAUGAAAAAGAGUCAGCUGAGACUGGGGUAACACAAACAACAAUGGAACCAAAGCCGUAUCCACAUCCCAUAUUCCCCAAAGUAACAAUAUGGGACCUGCCGGGAAUUGGAACACGAGAAUUUAAAGCCAAGCAAUAUCUGAAGAAUGUUAAUUUCAGCAGGUAUGAUUUUUUCAUCAUUGUUUCUUCUGGGCAUUUCACUGAGAAUGAUUUCAUGCUAGCACACGAAAUUCAGAAAAUGCAGAAGAGGUUUUACUACGUGCGCACAAAAGUAGAUGUCAAUGUUGAGUCAGAAAAAAAGAAACAGAACUUCAGAGAGGAUGAAACCCUGGAAAAGAUAAGGAAUGACUGCUCUGAAAAUUUGAAAAAGGCAGGAGACUCUUCCCCAAGGGUUUUCUUGAUGUCACGGUGGGAUUUGAACCUGUACGAUUUCCCUUCCUUGCAUGACACCAUGGAGGAGGAGCUGGAUGAUCUCAAGAGACAUGCCUUCAUCCUGACUUCACCAAUUUUCUCAGGAGAAAUUAUUAAAAAGAAGAAAAUGGCACUGAAAACCCUGACAUGGAAGCUAGCACUCCUGUCUUGCUUUGUGGGAACUUUCGCUGUUCCAGGCCUCUCUUUUGCUUGUGAUAUUUUCAUAUUAGCGGAAGCACUGAUACAUUUCUGCAGGGUCUUUGGCUUAGAUGAAGAUUCCCUGCGUAUCUUGGCCAAUCGUGUUGGUAAGCCUGUUGAAGAACUGAGAUCUGCUAUAAAAAACACUCCCAUGCCCAAAAACAUCAAUCCAGGGGUGGUCCUUGGCCUCUUGUCAAAAUCCUUGUUUUGUUAUACACUGACGAUGGUUGAACUAAUUUGUAAUUUUGUACCUGUGCUCGGCUCUAUAGCUGGUGGAGCCAGUUCUUUCUUCUGCACCUUCUACCUGCUGAGAAGCUUUCUGCAAAAUGUUGAGACCGAUGCUGCCAAUGUUCGGGCGACAGCAAGCAAGCAAGCAAGCAGUAAAAGAGUCCUAGAUAAAGCUCAAAGUGUGCGAAAUUUGUAAUGAAACAAAACAGCAGCUCGGGAAAAAAAAAAAAGAAAGAGAAAUAAAGAAAUUUUGCAUGGAACCUAUGAUCAGAAAGUUUAUCCCCAUGUUACUGAAUGCUCUAACUGCAAAAUAACAUUGAACACUCUGCUGACAAAUAAAGAA